AGCAUCUUACAGACUCGCAGUAACCUUCUGGAUACUAUUGCCGUCAUACAGCCUAAAAAUUAUAGACUUAAUACAAUUAUUUUUUAUUUAUAAAGUAAUAUAUUAAUUUUUUUAUUCGACUUACUUUUAUUAGAUGAAUUGUGAAUGAUUAAAAUUAAAAAAUGACAAGUGAAAUAUUUUUUGCAAAAACUUGUUUGAUUGUUUGUCUAAUUGCAUUGGUAAGGUCGCAAACAGUGUGGGUAGACGUAGACACUGGGAAAAUCCUCGGAGUAUCUAAAGGUCAAAAUCAACAAAAUAAUAAUUACGGGCAGAAUUUCAACAGACCGCAGUAUCCGGUUAAUUAUGGAGGAAAUCAGCGACCUGUUGUAACUCAGAAUGUCAAUCCACUGUGGAAUUGUAGAAACAGUCUGACUGGAGCUGUUAUUCCUAUUUCGAGUGAAGUAAUGGUAAGCGCAUUCCCGGAAAUAAUUCAACAAACGCAACGGGCUAACUUCCCUAGAAACAAUUAUCCUAAUUAUCACCGUAGGCGUCAGUAUGACCCGAGCCAAUACAGACAAUAUGAGUUUACUGUUAACAGAGGAAAACGUAGUACUUUAAACCCGGAAUGGGUUUGUACGAAUAGUAAAACUGGAGACAUGUUAAUAAUUGCUAGUGAAACAAUGGCUGACAAAUUUCCAGGAACUAAUCAACAAAAUAUAAACAACCAAUAUUCAAGUCCUUAUCCAAACAAUCCAUGGUUAAAUGGUCAAAAUACACCAACACAACAGCCUGGACAAAAUAUUGACCAAAAUCAACCGAAUUGGGGACAGAAUAAUAAUAAUAAUAAUAAUAAUCAAAAUCCACCGAAUUGGAACCAAAACCAACCAAACUGGGGUCAAGAUGGCCAAAACAAUCAAAACAAUCUUCCGAAUUGGGGAAACAAUCAGAAUGACAAUUCUGUUACUCGUCCAAGUGUUACGGUAACUCCAAAACCUACUACAGAAGAACCUGCUAUUAUUUUGACGACGAAAAAACCAUUCCCGACAUUAAGUCCAGACAUUGAUUGGUUGCAAUACAUCCAGCCCACUACAAAGCCUACGAUUACCACUUCUACGACAUCGACGACUAAGAGACCAAGUUUAACUCAAGCGAUCGAUGGUGACGGAAUUAUUAUGCCUCGUGGAGGAUUUGAAGAGUAAAUUAAUUUAAAAGAAGAAUAAAAUUAUUCUCUUAAU